AGGGGCGUGCCUCUGCGCGUGUGCUUCAGGCUUUACAUACACUGUUGGGGGAGAGGAGGUAGAGAGAGAAGACGAAACUGCUAGAGAGAGAGAGAGAGAGAGAGGGAGAGCAAGGGGAGGAGCGGUCGGGCAGCCAUGGGGCACCACUGCUGCAGCAAGCAGAAGGUGAAGCGCGGCCUGUGGUCGCCGGAGGAGGACGAGAAGCUCGUCAAGUACAUCACCGCCCACGGCCACAGCUGCUGGAGCGCCGUCCCCAAGCACGCCGGGCUGCAGCGAUGCGGCAAGAGCUGCCGCCUCCGGUGGAUCAACUACCUCCGGCCAGACCUCAAGCGCGGCACCUUCUCCGACCACGAGGAGCGCACCAUCAUCGACGUCCACCGCAUCCUCGGCAACCGAUGGGCUCAGAUCGCCAAGCACCUGCCCGGGCGCACGGACAACGAGGUCAAGAACUUCUGGAACUCAUGCAUCAAGAAGAAGCUCAUCGCGCAGGGCCUCGACCCCAAGACCCACAACCUCCUGCCGGCCUCCAGGACACUCCUCCAGGGCGGCAACGGGGCAAACCCUAGCGGCAACAAUCCUGCCCAGUUCCACUCCAACGGCGGCGGCGCUGCUGUCGGCUCCGUCGCCACGACGCCGUUCACCAUCAGUUCACCGACCAAGGCCGCCGCCUACGACACCGUCACGGUCACGCCGCCGCCGGAGAUGGCGCCGGCAAUGUACGACGUCCCUAACCAUGACGGCAUGCUCAUGGGGCAUGACCAGGCAGCCGCCGCACCGAUUCCGGCAUACCCUUACCUGGACAACGGCGGCGGCGUGCUCAUGAGCUUCAGGGAUCAGAAUGCAGGUCUCCAGACAUCUAUGGACUUCAUGAACGGCUCCUCGUCCUCCUCCUCCAUGGAUCACGCCGCCGGCAUGCCUAACGGCAACGGCUUUAGCCAAGGCAUGGGCGCGGCGGCCUUCAUGGACGUGACGGCAGGAAUGUGGAACACCGCCGCCGUGGAUUCUGCCAUGUGUGCAGGGAUGGAAGUGGUCCAGCCGCAGCAGCAGCCGCUGCCGCCACCGCAAGGGUUGCUGCAGGGAGAGAUGGUCGUCGGCCGGCAAGCUGUGAUGAACGGUGGCGGUGCAGUUGCUGAUAAGGGCAUGGACAUGAUGGAUGUCUCUUCGGUGUACGGCGGCGCCGGUACAACGACCUUCGAUCUGGAGCUGAUGGAGUCGUGCGCGUUGUUUUGUGGCAGCGGCGUCGGCGGCGCCACCGGCAACGCCAUGGAGCAGCUGCAAUGGGACUGCUAAGCUCACUAUCGUCCUUACUCCUAAUUAGUUUGUUGUCUUCCAUGCUUCAAUCCAUGUCUUUAUUAUUUUUCCUUUUAAUUUUGAUGUUCGAUUUACUGGGUGUUCUUGGUUCAGAUCAUCCUUUUCAAGCAAGAAAUGCAUAUGCUGAGCUUAGUGACGAACUCAUCUAAUUCAGAUUUCAAUAAAGAUAUCUGAAAUUUUAUCUUGA